AACGUUUUACAUAAGUAGAUUACGAGAUAAAGAACCAAGAUUAUGUUUCACUUGAACGAAGCUGCUGGAGAUGGGAAGCUGGCUGACGUGUCUUGCGUUUUGUUGUGUUUUUAUAACAUUUAUUGGUGAAAGGAGCUAUUUUGUGAUUUGUGAUGACUUAGAAAUUAAAACUGCUGUCGAAUGUGACUUAAAAUAUGCGGAACCGACUGUUAUGAUAGCGAUUCUAGUCAGAAACAAAGCUCAUGUUUUACCAUGGUUCUUUGGUCACUUAGAAAAUCUUAAUUAUCCCAAGGACAGAGUAAGCAUUUGGAUAAGAAGUGAUCAUAAUAAAGAUGACACAGCACGAAUUCUUACAGAGUGGACAGAGUUUUAUAAAGAUAUCUACCACAAUAUUGAUAUUGAGAUUGACACAAAUACACAAGAAUAUGAGGAUGCUGAAGGUCCCUUACACUGGUCGGAGGAGAGGUUUGACAGAGUUAUUUCCCUUAGAGAAGAGGCUCUUCAAACAGCUAGAAAAGUUUGGGCCGACUAUCUGUUUAUGUUGGAUGCAGAUGUGAUCCUAGAAAAUCCUGAUACACUAACUCUCCUAAUUGAUGCCAAACAACCUAUUGUGGCUCCUAUGUUGAAUGCAAGUAUUGGAGAGACCUAUUCUAAUUUCUGGGGAGCAAUGGAUGAGUCGGGUUAUUAUAAAAGAGCCCCUGGUUACUUUGAGAUUCUAGAGAGGGAGAAGCUGGGUGUAUUCCAAGUGCCUAUGGUACACAGUGCUGUGCUGAUGGACAUGCACCUCCUGGUGUCCGAUAAAUUUAUGUACCAGGUGCCCCCGGGGUACGAAGGUCCUCAUGAUGACAUCAUCAUCUUUGGUAUUAACAUCAGAGAUGCGGGAAUGGUCAUGCAUAUAACGAAUUCUGAAUAUUUUGGAAUUGUCAUGGUACCUUUGGAGAAACACAACACUCUGGAGCAGGAAAGUGAACACUUUGACUAUGUUCGAUUGAAGGCAAUAGAUGCAAACUUUGUUGAUGAGAUGAAAAUAGGCAGAAAGUUUCCAGUUGAUAGAGCAGAGCUGAUGAAGUCACCAUUUAUUCAAGCAUCAGACCCCAUUCCUACAAAACUAGGAUUUGAUCAGAUCUACUUAAUAAACUUGGUACGGCGACCUUUAAGACGAGAGAGAAUGCAUAGCGCUUUUAAAAUCCUUGGUAUCGAGGCUAAAACUAUGGAUGCAGUAGAUGGAAAGCAACUCAACAGUACGUAUUUGAGAAAACUUGAUAUUGAAAUGAUGGAAGGUUACGCAGAUCCAUACCAUGACAGACCUUUGACCAUGGGAGAAAUUGGUUGUUUUUUGAGUCACUAUUUUAUAUGGGAAGAUGUUGUGAAGAAUGGUUACAAGCAGGCUAUUGUGUUUGAGGAUGAUGUCCGGUAUCGUCCCUAUUUCAAAACCAAACUGACCCGACUUAUGGAGGAAGUGGCAAGAACUGUCAAGGACUGGGAUCUCAUAUACCUCGGGAGGAAACGUCUUCACAAGGAGGAGAAGCUGGUAGAUGGGGCUUCAUACUUAGUGUGGCCCACGUAUUCCUACUGGACGCUGUCGUACAUCAUAUCUCAAAAGGGGGCCCAGAAACUGAUCAAUCAAAAACCGCUCAGGAAAAUGAUUCCAGUUGACGAAUACCUACCCAUCAUGUUUAAUCAACAUCCUCGAGAGGAGUGGAUGGCCAACUUUUCUCCGCGUGAUUUAGUAACUCUCUCAGCUGAGCCUUUGUUAGUUGAGCCCACUCACUAUACGGGGGAGCCUAAUUACAUCUCGGAUACUGAGGACUCGUUUAUCAUUCGUCCUGAAGAGGAAGUGACUCAGACUGAUAAAACAUCAAAGGAGGAAUUGUGAUAGGAUGAAAGAUGUGUCUACAAGUAGACGUGUACCUGUCUAUUUUAUCUUGUACUGGUAAAUGUGUUUGACAAUCUCAUGUUUACAGUGUCUAGUCAAUGUCUUUAUGAAUCUCCAAUUUGUUCAAUUAUUUUUUAAGAUUGUAUUUAAACUGUUUGUCAUUUUUACAGUACCAAUACAUGUAGAUACACUUAGUGGAAUAUUUUUGCACACAUUUACCUGUACAAUAUCAUUUUCUGUGUUGACCUUCAAGUUGAAGGCAAUUUCUUAAGGCCAUGUAUAUGCUCAUUUAUAAGUAGCAUCAUUGAAAUGAGGUCUAUUUACAGUCCCAUACAUGUGUUUUUUGUUUUCAACUGUUAUUUCAAACAGAGUAUCAUUUAUUCUAUUAAUCAAUUGAAAUCUGCCAAACUCUGGUCUCUUUUCAGUCUGACUUGUAUUUACAGAGUUAUUUUUCUCAUAUCAUCUAUUCAAGAUGAUGAUAGUAUGUAUUCAAAAACCAUAAGUAUUCAUUGAUGAUAAACAAAUAGUGGACAAUCUGCAGAAUGUUAACAAUCAUUUAGAUUUGUAUGAAAUUCCCAAACACAGUUAUAGAAAUGUAAUCAAUUUUUGUGUCUCCCAAGAAUGGGGAGUUUAUUUUCAUAAAUCUAUUUUGAAUAAUUUACUGCAUUUAAAUCUUCAAUUUACAUUUGUGAGCUCACAAUCAUAACAUUUAGUCUUCAUUGGUCUAUUGUUAUACUGUAGAUGAUUAUGUUUUUUUUUUUUAUUUUGUAGCAGAAAUCCAAAAGGGAUGUUCUUGUCUUUUCUAAAUGUUGAAAGUAUUUUAUGUAAGAUGUGUAUGAAAUGUGUGAAAAAAAUGCAAAAUACAAGGCAGUUUGAUAUUUUCUGGUGCUACAUAUUUUUAUUAACCAUGUAUAUACGCAGGGCUUUCAAUACAAUGUUUCAGUGGCAUAUUUAACACCUACUUAAACGCAAUUCUUGUUUAUUAAUACUAAGUUUUUUUUUAUAAUAAUAUGUUAAUCUCUGGUACAAUGAAGAUCUGCAUUCUUAAUAAAAUAAAGAGAUGAAAUAUGUA